AUGUCAGGACCGCAAUCUCAGUUUUCAACGAGAAAAGGUUCGAUUGAAGAAAGCUUUCGGCCAUUCGAACACACAAAGCGCGUCCAACGACUCUAUGUACCCGAGAAUCCAAACGAUCCAGAUCGAGUAUUUUCGGAGUACGACUGGAAGAACCAAACCUAUACAACUACUUUGCGCUCUGUACCUCAGUGCCCACCCGCUCCGAGACUUCCUCAUAUUGAGGCAUUCGAGUCUAUCAAUGAUGCAAAUUCAUCUGGCAGCCGUUCCAUUUUAGAAGAAACUGUAGCGUUGACUUCACGUUCGAAAAACAUUCCUCGACAGAAUCCCAGAAGCAUACCGGAUGAGGCCCUCAUCUCUUCCAUGCUCCUAUCUACUUCUCCGCUUUCGAUCUCAUGCAAUGCAACAUCUUCAUAUGACUACCCUUCAUCGCCUAUCGCCCGAACAAGCUCGCUACCAUCACCCCUCGAGCAAUCGAUCAUAGCCAAUGCUGAGCUCGACCGUGAUGUACAUUUUCCUUCAUCCCCCUCUGUGCGCUCUUCAAAGCGGCUUCCAGAAAAUCGGCCUCGUCGGGUGUCAUUUGCGAGAAGGUCACGCUCCGAUUCUCGCAAAACUAUGGUCGAUGAGGAACUUUCCGGUCAUUCAAAUCCACAUAACUCAACCGCCUAUCGAAGGAAUCGAUCGUGUACCUGGUCGUCCGACGUAACGGCUGUCGAAUUUUCUGAAGACUCAGUCAAAUUGCUUGAUGAUGAGUGUGUCUGGGAUGAAUGCGACGAUGGGGACGAUGAUGAGUUACCAGAAGUUCAAACGCCAGAACCAUGGGAGCCGAGGGGGGAAGCGUUCAGAAGGCGAACAUCGCUCAGGCGCAGACGUCCAUCUAUGCAGUCGUAUCUUGAGGAAUCUGCUGAAGAGGAUAUCGGCGAAUCUCUGAGUGCUGAAGAUUUUACCGAGGAGGUGGAACCGCGGAAGGAGACGCGCGUUGAACAUAUCUUAUCCGCCAUACACUAUCGAUAUGUGUCCAUGGGCCUCAGGGUUCAGCUUGCAAUGCACCGCACCGAGAAGAAGGUCGUAAGGAAGUUAAGCAGUAGGCGGAAGAAUUAA